AUAAUUUUCGCUGCCGUUUAUUGGGCGGGCAGACUUGUCUCCCAGCAAAUCCCAUCGCCAAAAGGGUAUUCGCCGUUCGGCUAGACGACAUAAGAUAGUCCUCGAAGUUCAGAUACCGACUCCGAUUUGAUCGAGGGUCUUGCAAGAUGCACACACCCGAAUCCACCAAGCCCGAGACCUCGGCUCUCUCCGACCAGGCAGCCAAACCCCCUGCUGAGCAAACGCCGAACAGUAUCACAGUAACACAGACCGAAAAUGAUGCAUUGGCAGAAAGCAGCGAUGAUCCAGAUAUGAAGCCCAGCACCAUUGACGGGGGGUCUGCUGCCUGGUUGGUUGUGCUUGGCGCAUGGUGCUCGUCCUUUUGCAGCUACGGAUGGAUCAAUAGUGUCGGAAUUUUUCAAGAAUACUAUGCUACCGGCCCGCUCAAGGACUAUACGCCUAGUCAGAUUGCAUGGAUUCCUUCCCUCCAAAUAUUCUUCAUGUCCUUUCUUGGUCCUCUGAUGGGUGUCUUGUUCGAUCGCUAUGGACCUCGCCCAUUGCUUCUGGUAGGAUCUUUCAUGCACGUGUUUGGUCUUAUGAUGGCUUCCAUAUCUACGAAAUACUACCAGUUCAUGCUUUCGCAAGGAGCCUGCAGCGCUAUUGGCGUGGCGGCGGUGUUCAUUGCGGCUGUCAGCAGCGUCGGUGGCUGGUUCGACAAGCGCCGAGGGCUUGCGUUCGGUACUCUUGCCACUGGAUCCAGUGUAGGCGGUGUUGUUCUACCUAUUAUGAUCACAAAGCUCAUUGAGUCUGUUGGAUAUGGCUGGGCUAUGCGAACUGGAGCGUUCCUUAUUGGUGCUUUGCUCAUCGUUUGCAUUGCAACCGUCCAGCGACGCUCCAACAUCUCAACACAGAACCGAGUUGAAAAGGGAGCGCUUGGGAAGCCAUUCCGAGAGAAGGUCUUUGUCCUUUUGAUGAUUGGUCUCGCUCUCGUACCAUUCGGUCUAUACACUCCCAUUACAUAUCUACCAACUCUUGCGAUCCGGGCAUCCAUGCCAACCAAUCUCGCAAAGAAUCUCGUCGCGAUAUACAAUGCCGGCAGUCUUAUUGGUCGCCUUAGCUCUGGUAUCCUAAGCGAUAGAUACGGCCGCUUCAACGUGUUUGUCAUCUCGUGUUACCUGUCUGGUAUACUUCUCAUUGCCAUGUGGAUUCCGGGGACAUCCGACGCCGCAACCGUCACCUUUGCUGCCCUUUUUGGCAUCUUUUCUGGGGCUUACAUUGCACUUGUUGUCGCUUUGGUCGCGCAGAUAUCCCCCAUCGAGGAAAUCGGGUACCGCAAUGGCAUCGCAAGUUUGGUGCAGGCAAUCGGCAGUCUUGUGACUAGUCCCAUUGCCGGUGCCAUUAUCGAGAGGCCCAACGGUGUGCUAGGUGUUAAGUUAUACUCUGGCGCAUUCUUACUCGCAGGUACAACAUGUAUUUUAUUUGCGCGUCUUGUCCGGACAAGAUGGCAACUAAAGGCGGUCAUCUAAACUGCGGCUUGGAUUUCCCUAGGGUAGUGGUCUACAUCCGCCAAUCCUGACUUAGACGAUGGAAAAAGUACGACCGCUAUUAACUUUAAAAGAUAAUUUAGCGCUAAAUCUGUGAUUUAUCAAUUCUGCGCGAGAAAAGAGAAGGCCUAUGUUUCCGUGCCUUCGAACCUUGCAGAGCAAUUGUUGCUCGGCUUGGUGUGUCACUCGUGGUGGCUAAUGUUGCAGGUGCGUCUCGUCAGAUGAGCGUCCAACAUGAAAUUUUGAAGCAUACCGCUCAUUGGUCUCCGAUUUGUCACUUUGGUUUACAUUAAAUAUAAAUAUAACUAAACUAAUCUCGAUAUUU